GGUUUCAGUGUUUCUUAAUAAACCACUAAGUUGGUUUUGGUGGUUUCGUUGGAUAUUUCACUGUCUUGCAAGUCAGUCUUGAACAGUGUUCUGCCUUAAGUAUGUUAGCCUUAUCCAACCACGUCUUAAGGAAGGGUUUCUGUCUGCCCAUAAUUAAAAGUGUCCAUAGCAUGUGAUGCUUGUUUUUCUUCACCCUUACAACCCUCUCCAGUCCGAAAAGCUCUGUCCUGUUGGAAACUUAAGAGAUUCCUGUCAGGUCUCUACUCAAACUUCUGUUCUACUUCCUCUUAGACUCAAUGAUUCAGUGUAAACACGGUCCUCAUCUUACUCGUUUGUGAAAAUUGGCUAGGGAAGAAACACAUCACUCAAGGUUAUGGCUUUGUUAUCAACAAAGCAUCAUGGGUAGGGCAUUAUUCGACUGACUUGUUGAUAGACCUUGUGAGGUUCUUUCAAGCAGAAUGCCUUGGGGUUCCUGGGAACUUUUUCUAAGUUUGGUUUUCAUUUUGUGUGUAUGGUGUUUUGCCUACAUGUAUGUCUGUGGACCAGUGUACAGGGUCCUGAUACCCACAGAGACUAGAAGAGUGCAACUUGAACUGGAGUUGCAGUUGGUUGUGAGGCAAUAUGUAGGUGCUGUGGGAAUCAAACCCAAUUUCUCAGGAAGAGCAGCCAUUGUUCUAAAUUGUAAGCCACCUUUCAAACAGCCUCCAGGUUUCUUUUUAAACGAUGGACAACAUAUGAUGUCUGAGGUGUCUAUUGUGAAGAGUCAGUUUUAUCAAUAAAUUUAAUAAAAAUCAUCUUCAUACAAUUUAAUAACUUGCUUUCAAGUAAAAGUCUGCAUCGAGGAAAGUUUUGCAACCUAUGCUUGUGUCAAUUUCUAUGAAAAUAUCUAAAACUGUAUGGUUUUUAUUAUUUACUCGCUUAUUUGUGUAUUUACUUAUUGAUGGUGCUAGGGAUCAAAUCUAUGGUCUUAUACUUACCCAGCAAGCACUCUACCUACCGAACCAUAUCCCAAGUCCUAGAUUAUAAAAUUAUAGAUUUCUAAUUAAAAUCUUUGUCUAUUGAUGAGUUAUUAGGUGACUUUGCUUUUCUCAAAGGAGGAGCUUUCCGAAUUGUCCUUUUUUUCUGCCAUAACUUUUUUUUAAAAAAUCUGUUAUCCUUCAAGGGUGAUGUCAUUAAAUAUCUGUCUUAAAACAAAUAGGCCACUCAUUACUUGUCAACUAAAUACCUAUGAUUUCCUCCAUGGGAGGCAAAUGAAGCCCUGUCUCCUUCAUUCACUAUUCUGGUUGCCUCUAAGAUUCCCUCACAGGAAAAUGUCUAUGCGUGGUUUAACUAGUAAUGGGAAGUUAUAAUAAUACAGGGAACCCAACGCAGACUUUCUGUCCAAGAUAGGGAAGCUGCUUGUAUUUCCUAGCCUUAGACUGGAGGCCUGGAAACUUUCUCAAAGACUUCCCAAGUCUACUGCCUAUCUUUCUGCAUAUGACAGCAUAUAUAGGUCUCUCUGCAAAGAUACACUGAGAGCUGGGUUUGUUUUCUUUGCACACUAAUGUACUAUUGGGUAGAUGUUCAUAAACCUACUCUGAUAAAAUAUGAAGUCUUGACAUCAACAAAGGUAAGAAUUUAAUUUCUUGGUUAAACAAACUCGAUGUGGAGAAGACAUAAAGGACUCGAUGAUACAUAAAAUCAAACGUUUCUGGAGAAGUGAAAAAAAAAACUAUAUUGACCUCAAGGUGUUGGAGUCUCAUUGUCAGAAUUAAAACGUAAUUAAACAUAAACACUGCUACAAGACAAUGCAGCAAAACCCUUGGAAAUGAAAAUAACUAAAUGAAGAGGGAAUAAAAAAUAGAAUUGGUGUAGUAACUGGUUAGGACUCUAAGCGUCGCUGUUCACCAGACUGGGAAAGAAACAGUCAAAAAAAGCGACUAACUCCCAGCGUCCUCCGCACCAGAGACCAAACAAGCUCUUGGGGAAAGCCACCAUCCUUAGUCCCGCUCUCCCCGGCUUUAGAGAAAUAAGGAAACAGCAGGCUAAACCAGGACCAAAAGGAAAGCAACUAAAGAAAAGACAAUGGCAGACCCACCGAGGCGCUGGAUCUGCAACGACCUGCUGACGUUCUUCAUGCUGCUGGGGACGCUGUGCGCGCCAGGAAAGGGACAGAUCCGCUACUCUGUGCGGGAGGAGCUGGACAAAGGCUCCUUCGUGGGCAACAUCUCCAAGGACCUGGGGCUGGAGCCCCGCGAGCUGGCGGAGCGCGGGGUCCGCAUCAUCUCCAGAGGUAGGUCGCAGCUUUUCUCUCUGAACCCGCGAGGCGGCAGCCUGGUCACCGCGGGCAGGAUAGACCGGGAGGAGCUGUGCGUCCAGAGCGCUCCCUGUCUCGUCAGCUUUAACAUCUUGGUUGAAAAUAAAAUGAAAAUUUAUGGAGUAGAAGUAGAAAUCCUUGAUAUUAAUGAUAACUUCCCCCGGUUCCGCGAUGAGGAGUUAAAAGUAAAAGUUAAUGAAAACGCGGCUGCAGGAACACGUUUGGUGCUCCCCUUCGCGAGAGAUGGGGAUGUGGGUGUGAAUUCCCUCCAGGGUUACAAGCUCAGCUCCAACCCGCACUUCUCUCUGGACGUGAAGAGUGGAUCUGACGGGCAAAAACACCCAGAGUUGGUGUUGGAACAGCCCCUGGACCGUGAGAAGGAGUCUGCUCAUGACCUGAUCCUCACAGCUUUGGAUGGCGGAAACCCAGUACUUUCGAGCACCGUACAUAUUACCGUAACCGUUCUUGAUGCAAACGAUAACGCACCCUUGUUUACCCAAAGCGAAUAUAGGGUGAGUGUUCCGGAGAACACACCUGUGGGCACUAGACUCCUCACACUCACCGCCACGGAUGCAGACGAGGGAAUCAACGCGAAGUUGACCUUCUCUUUCCGCAACGAAGAAGACAAAAUUUCUGAAACUUUCCAACUCGAUUCUAAUCUUGGGGAAAUCUCAACUAUUCAAUCCCUGGACUAUGAAGAAUCCAGAUUCUAUCUCAUGGAAGUGGUAGCCCAGGACGGAGGCGCUCUUCUUGCCAGCGCUAAGGUGUUGGUCACAGUCCAGGACGUGAAUGACAAUGCCCCAGAAGUGAUACUCACCUCCCUCACCAGCUCCGUCUCUGAAGACUGUCUACCCGGAACCAUAAUUGCGCUUUUCAGCGUACAUGAUGCUGAUUCUGGGGAGAAUGGAGAGAUUUCGUGUUCUAUUCCUAAGAACCUGCCCUUCAAACUGGAAAAGUCAGUUGAUAAUUACUAUCACCUACUAACAACAAGAGCACUGGAUAGAGAAGAGACUUCAGAUUAUAACAUCACGGUGACGGUUGUUGACCGUGGAACUCCUCCCCUGUCUACAGAAAACCACAUCUCUCUGAAAGUAGCCGACAUAAAUGACAACCCACCCACCUUCUCUCGUCCCUUCUAUUCCACUUCCAUCUCAGAAAAUAACCCCAGAGGUGUCUCCAUUUUUUCAGUUUAUGCCUAUGACGCUGACAGUGGUGAUAACGCCCAAGUCACUUACUCCCUGGCUGAAAAUACAUUUCAAGAAGUGCCUGUGUCGUCCUAUGUCUCCAUUAACUCUGACACUGGUGUCCUGUAUGCAUUGCAAUCCUUUGACUAUGAGCACUUGAGAGACCUGCAGCUACUGGUGACAGCUAAAGACAGUGGGACUCCUCCACUCAGCAGCAAUGUGUCCCUGAGCUUGUUUGUGCUGGACCAGAAUGACAACAUUCCUGAGAUCCUGUACCCAACUAUUCCCACCGAUGGCUCCACAGGUGUGGAACUGGCACCCCGCUCUGCAGAGCCUGGAUACUUGGUAACCAAAGUGGUGGCAGUGGACAAAGAUUCGGGACAGAACGCCUGGUUGUCCUACCGCCUCAUCAAAGCCAGUGAGCCAGGACUCUUCUCAAUAGGGCUUCACACGGGUGAGGUGUGCACAGCAAGGGCUCUGUUGGAUAGAGAUGUACUCAAGCAGAGCCUGGUGGUGGCUGUCCAGGACCAUGGCCAGCCCCCUCUCUCAGCCACUGUCACACUCACUAUCGCUGUAGGAGAUAGCAUCCCAGAUGUACUGACUGACUUAGGCAACCACAACACACCGGCAGAGCCCCAGGAUUCAGACCUCACACUCUACCUAGUGGUUUCAGUGGCAGUGGUCUCCUGUGUCUUUCUGGGAUUUGUUACCGUGCUGUUGGCCCUCAGGCUGAGGCACUGGCACACAUCACGCCUGCUUCAGACUUCCACAGGCAGAUUUGCCGACAUGCCUGCCUCCCAUUUUGUGGGCAUGGAUGGGGUACAGGCUUACCUGCAGACCUAUUCCCACGAAAUCUCUCUCACUACAGACUCCAAAAAGAGCCACCUGAUCUUCCCCCAGCCCAAUUAUGCUGACAGGCUCAUUAGUGAAGAGAGCUGUGAGAAGAGUGAGCCUCUUCUGAUACCUGAUAAUAUACAUACAUACAAAGAAGAGCCCGGAGCUGCUCAGGUCAGUUUUCUCUUCCACUAA